CUGCAGAAUUUACAUCCAUGGGUGGAAUUAAAAAUUAAUUGGCCAGUGGCUCAAGACCGAAAGCACUACGUAUCCUUAGGAAGCCGGGUUUUGCUAGUCUAACUCCUAAACCACUAAUAAAAUACCUGAAUUUAACGGCGCAACAGUCGUAAUACUGAUGAUUGAAUGACAGAAUGACUUUCCAAUGGAAGUAAGCAAGUGCUGAAAUGGGAGGAGCGAUGUGUAUCGACAGACACUCCUUUAGGCCAAUGAUCAGGCCAAUGCCGUUAAGUAGGCGGGCUUUUUUAAUCUGAACGACAGACCAAAAGAACCAGUGAUCGACCUGAUCUUUGCGCAGCUACCAACCGGCAGGGCGGGUUCCCCUGGAGAGGCGCUAGGAGGCGGGAAGAGGGGAAGUGGGCGGAUCACCGCACACCCCGGCGGAAGAGGCAGAUUCAGGAAGCCAUUACGCAGCUGGCUGGCAGCGGCUAGUCGGGUCAAGGCUGGGCCCUACGCAUUUUGCGUAGCGAGAGGGGUUACCCAAGGCCUGGUGCUUGGCCUUGGGCAAGACCGGCCUAGCCCCUGUAGGGGGUGGGGGGGUGAGGGGCGAGGCUGAGGAAGAAGAAAAGGGGAAUUUGGGCAGUUGAGGGGAUUAUACUUUAUUUAAAAAGAAGGGAGGGGAGAGGCCAUGGCUGUCCCAGCCAAGAAGAGGAAGAUGAACUUCUCUGAGCGGGAGGUGGAGAUCAUCGUGGAGGAACUGGAGCUGAAGAAGCACCUACUGGUGAACCACUUCAACGCUGGGGUACCUCUGGCCGCCAAGAGCGCGGCCUGGCACAGCAUUCUGAGAAGGGUCAACGCUGUGGCCACCUGCCGAAGGGAGCUGCCUGAGGUCAAGAAAAAGUGGUCUGAUCUCAAGACUGAGGUCCGUCGCAAGGUUGCCCAGGUGCGGGCGGCCGUGGAAGGUGGCGAGGCCCCUGGGCCCACUGAGGAGGACGGAGCUGGUGGGCCUGGGACAGGUGGUGGCAGUGGCAGUGGUGGCCCAACUGUAGCCCCUGUACUGCUGACCCCCAUGCAGCAACGGAUCUGCAACCUGCUGGGCGAGGCCACCAUCAUCAGCCUGCCCACUACCACAGAGAUCCACCCUGUGGCCCUCGGACCCACAGCCACUGCAGCCGCAGCCACGGUCACCCUGACACAGAUCCCCACUGAGACCACCUAUCACACCCUGGAGGACGGAGUGGUAGAGUACUGCACAACCGAGGCUCCCCCUCCACUGCCAGCUGAGGCCCCUGUGGAGAUGAUGACACAGCACGCAGACACGUCGGUCAAGCCACAGGCACUCAAGAGCCGCAUUGCCCUCAACUCAGCCAAGCUGAUCCAGGAGCAGCGGGUCACUAAUUUACACGUGAAGGAGAUUGCCCAGCACCUGGAACAGCAGAACGACCUCCUGCAGAUGAUCCGCCGCUCCCAAGAAGUGCAAGCUUGUGCCCAGGAACGCCAGGCCCAGGCCAUGGAGGGCACCCAGGCAGCCCUGAGUGUCCUUAUCCAGGUCCUCCGGCCCAUGAUUAAAGAUUUCCGUCGCUACCUGCAGAAUAACACACCAAACCCCACUCCAGCCUCUGACCCCGGACAGGUGGCCCAGAACGGGCAGCAGGACAGCAUCAUCCAAUGAGGGCAAGGGUUAAGCCAGCCCUCUGCUGUGAUUGGAUGAAACCUCCGGGGCCUUGUAAGUGGGUUCUGUGAUUGGCCUUAGGCUAGGGCCAGCCACAUGGACAGCUCCUUCUUUGAUGGACAUUUAGGGGCCUAGUGUUUCUGUGAAAAGUAGGAGAUUGGGAAGAGGAGCUUGUUGGGCUCCUAGGACUCACUCUCUUACCCUCCACCACUUGAGCUGCAUUGCUAAUAACUGGCAGGUUGGUUAGCUAGGGGUCCAGGCUCUGGUGAUGGGACAUGUGUUGCCAUGAGCCAUGGCCUGUGACAUGACCCAGACUCGACUGAGGACAGCUAUAAGGAAGGCUGUCACUGGAGGCGCUCUCACGGCAGGGGUCUGUGCUGAACUGCCCCUUCCUAGGUGCCAUCGUUUUGAGUAAAAUCAUGUCAGUGGUGCUGAUAGUAGUGCAAUAUCUUUCUCCCUGGGAAGGCAGAGUGACAGAGGAAACUCCAUCCUUUUCUCCUUCUCACUGUGCCUCGGUUCUCAGGGGACUUUAGUUAAUACUGUGUUCUCGCCCCCCACCCCUGGGCAUAACAAGAUCCUUGUUAGUGCCCUGGGCUGCCUCUGCAAUACAUCCAGGAUGUCAGCAACUUUGGCUCAGAAACUCGCCCAGAGCAGCCAGCUGGGCUCAGGGAUGCUGAGUGCAGUAGGGACUGGCUUGGCUGCCAUCUGACCUUCCAGAGUCCUGGGCAGCCAGCCCAUUGGUAGUUUGUCCCAAUGUCUUUUGACUCAGGUCAAGCAUCAGGCUUUGGGGUGCUGUACAUUUCAGAGAAAUGAAAAGCUAACCAGUGUGGAAGCUUGUUCCACUGUAGUGGGUCUGAGGUGACCUGUGAGCUUUUUCUAGAAGGCUUGCCGCAAGGCAGUAGUAUUUAUUCUGUCCAUGAACCCCUUCUAGGGAGGCCUCCAGGACCUCUGAGUGCAGCUCUGUGGCCACACCCUUCUUCCUUCCCUCUCUCUGACUCCAUGUUCCCAAAAUUCAGUGCAAAAAAAGCCUGCUCAGCAUCACACUCUGGACUCUUCUCCCUCGACACAUUAUGCAGCACCUUGUGGCUAGAAUUAAUCUGAAGCCACGAUUGACACUGAAUGUAAGAGGUGGGAGAGUCGAAGUGGACCUAAGAUUUGAGACCUUUGAACUCUGCCCUCCUUCACUUCUUGCUCGGGGAAGAGCAGACAGACCUUGAAAUGCUGAAGGAGGUUGUUCCCUGUUCCUGUUGAAAUGCUGAACGAGGUUGUUCCCUGUUCCCUGUUCCGUCUUUACGCUUUCUCCUCUGAGAUGAUUUUACCCAGAUGGCAUUUGUUUGUUUCAUUUUCAGAAUUGCCAUUGGUUGUGGAGACCCUUGUGUCUCCCCAAAUUGUUACCUAAGUUUGCCAUUUUGCUGCCGGUGCCUUGACCAUACAUGACUGAUGGUUACAACUUGAGGCUCUAGAUCUCAGCUAACGAGUGCGAGAUGCUACUUGCCUGGAUGCAUGUGACUGCCUGCCUUCACUAUGGGAUCAUGGGAAGAUGUCCCCAAAGACAGUUGGGAGGUGACUCUCAUGCCACCAGCCUCUCCGUGGAGGCAUGCACAUAUUACCAGCUACAUAGAGGUGGAGAGGAAUCAGGCCCAGCAAGAAAGUUGAGUGGCAGAAGGAAAGCGCUUCUCAGUGUGGCUGAAAAGCAGCAUCCCUGGCAACUGGGCCCUUUGCUCCCUACAUGGGGCCUGAUGGCCCCAGCAGGGUAGCUGCAGGGACUGCCUGCAGAUUUGCGACUUGAUUUGAUUAUUUGCUGGGGUUGGAAAUCUGAGCCAAUAUUGUGUCUGUUCCAGUUGGGUGUAAAGAGGAAGCCUGGAGCACUUGAACUGACUAGUUCUUUCCAGGUCAUCAUUUUAAAUUAAAGAGAUGUCACUUUUUUAUCCACAUGCCACUGUAUCUUUAUUGGUUAUAUAGAAGAGAUGUGGGCUGGCAAAGAGCAGGGGCUGCAAGCUGUGGCCCACAGACCAAAUCCGGCCUACUACCUGUUUUUGUAAAUAAAGUUUUAUUGGAAUACAGCCACACCCACUCGCUUACUGAAUGAAUGAUUUCUUUUCGAAGGAUCAGCACAAGGCUGAUUCCUGUAAGGUGGAGGUUACAGAUGUCCCAAAUGUCCAACUUUUCC